UGGAACAGGCGGAGUCCACAUUUUUCGAUACCGCCUUCUCUACCUCCUUGACGACCAACGGGAUGGAAACGUCCUCACGCUCAAGUUGUACCCGAGGCAAAGCGACCUCCAGCUAUGGCGCCAUCUUUUCGCAGAAGCUGUCGCUGAGGCUGCUGCUGCUGUUGCUGCCACCGCUGCUGCUGCUGCUGAAUGUGGCCGUGGCACAGCGCGAGAGCGCAGGCCGCGCGUCCGUCCUCUCGAUGUUGCGGUGCAAGCAGGUGGACGUCGCCAAGAACCUCUCCUCCGGAUACGGGUGCUUCUGCCACGCGAGAUUCCGCCACGCAGAGCCCCAGGACGAAUUGGACUUGUGCUGCAUGAUGGCCCACUGCUGUGCCCGCGCCGCAAUCCUCGACUACUGCCAGUCGGAGAGUGGCCUGCAAACGCUCGAGGCCAAACUCAAGGAGCAGCCCUCCUGCAAGACACAUCGGCCUGCGGCAUCACGCAAGGCCGACGAGCGUUCGGAGGCCACGCUGACCCGAGAUGCCGUGGUAGAGGUGCUGGAGGCCGUGACAGAGGAGUUGAAGGAGAUGACUGUGAAGGAAAAGCAAAGAGUGGAGCGGGAGGCCAACACGACGUGUGAGCGGGUGCUGUACGAGUGUGAGCGGGCGUUGUACAUGUGCGCCAGCGAUGCACCUGUGCGGCCUGAUUUGGUCGGGCUCCCCCAGCAGACACGAGCAGCAGCAGCAGCAGGGCCUGUGCAGGAGGGCGCCAGUCCACACCUCCACCUCAUCGUGGCUCAAGACGCUACUUCGGUUCGCACCACGAUUGAAAGAGAUCCGAGGCGAAUCAUUCCCCAGCGUUGGGGGCUGUUGGAACCCUCUGCCACACCACGCAUCCUGCCUCUCCGUUCGAGUGGCACACUCGGUAGACCUGCACCCUGUGACCCCCCCCCCCCACCCAGCCCCACGUGUGAUGCAUGAAACAAGGGAUUUAGAAAAUCAAGAGCAUGAAUUGCCUCCUUCUGUCAAGCUGGGGUGCAAUUCAAUAAUAAAACAGGCUUGUGAUUGUAUUUGCAGAAGUCUUCAGCAAAUAUAUUUAAGACCACCGCUCUUAGCAUGAAUAAAGAAUGUGGUUAACAUUUUUAGUAUUCUCUACCCCUGGGCUUCAAUGGCUCGUGUUUUGAAAAGUGCUUGAACAUGGCGUGGUAUUCUACUG